AUGGAUUUGGGCGGUGCGUUCCGGCUCGCCAAUAUCGGCGUUGGCGCCUUGACCGUCGUUGGAGGACUGACUCAGUUGGGUCUUAGUUUACAAGAUAUUCUCCUCUCAUUCUAUCUUAUCAUUUUUGGUUACUCAAUUGCAUCUCUCGAGUUUGCCACCCCCCCAGUGGCACAUAAGUACGGCUCGUUCCUCUUCUCAUUCGUGGGGCGAGGUAUUCUGUACAUUCUGAUUGCCGCCAUUCUCAUGUCUGGUGGCUUCUUCCGAUACCUCAUUUCGUUCAUUAUUUUCGGAAUCGGCGCUCUCUUUGUGGUGCUGGAGUUCAUUCCUUCCAUCGAACCUCCUGAGAACAUGCGAAACGAGCCCUUAGACUACAUGGAGGAGGUGUAG